AUGCUCAACGAAUUGAACGAAACAGGGAAGAUAAUAGGACUACGAAUAAACAGAAAGAAGACACAGUUCAUGAAAAACGCCUACUGCGAGGACGGAGGAGUACAACUUGAAGGCUCCCAAAUCGUGGAAACUCCGUCAUACAUAUACCUCGGACGUUCUAUGAACAUGGGAAACUACUUGAAGGAAGAACUGAAUAGAAGAAUGAGAGCAGCAUGGGCAGCAUUCGCAGCUGUCAGGGAAGCUACGGACCAACUGACGGACCAAUAUCUUCGUGCCCAUCUGUUCGACUCGACAGUCCUUCUGUUACGCAGCGGAGACCUCCGACUUAAAAGGAAUGUCCCGUUUUCGCGACCCAGCGAACAUGUAUCGAAAGCAAAACAUAGAUGGGCAGGUCACAUCAUGAGAAGAAUCGACGAUAGAUGGACUAAAAGAACGCUAGAAUGGACCCAAGGGACGCUAAACCCCCGAGUGAGACCGCCAACGAGAUGGGGUGACGUGUUCGCUACACGGAUGGACCAGCUGAGAGCUCAGCUGGAUACGGCUCAAGGACCUCGUCAACAUCACUCCCGAAGCUUGAGAACAUCUCGGAUGACAAUGGCGAAGGAACGAAACGAUUGA